UGAGGACUGCACCAGUGGACAGAGCAGCCUGAGUCAGGAUGAAGGCUCUCAGGGCUGUCCUCCUGAUCUUGCUACUAAGUGGACAGCCAGGGAGCAGCUGGGCACAAGAAGCUGGCGAGGUGGACCAGGAGCUAGAGCGCUACAGCUACGAUGAUGACGGUGAUGACGAUGAUGACGAUGAAGAAGAGGAGGAGGAGGAGACCAACAUGAUCCCUGGCAGCAGGGACAGAGCACCGCCUCUACAGUGCUACUUCUGCCAAAUGCUUCACAGCGGGGAGAGCUGCAACGAGACCCAGAGCUGCUCCAGCAGCAAGCCCUCCUGUAUCACAAUCAUCUCCCAUGGCAAAACUGACACAGGUGUCCUGACGACCUACUCCAUGUGGUGUACUGAUACCUGCCAGCCCAUCAUGAAGACAGUGGACAGCACCCAAAUGACCCAGACCUGUUGCCAGUCCACACUCUGCAAUAUUCCACCCUGGCAGAGCCCCCAAAUCCACAACCCUCUGGGUGGCCGGGCAGACAGCCCCUUGAAGGGUGGGACCAGACAUGCUCAAGGUGACAGGUUUAGCCACCCCCAGGUUGUCAAGGUUGCUCAUCCUCAGAGCGAUGGGGCUCACUUGUCUAAGGGUGGCAAGGCUAACCAGCCCCAGGGAAAUGGGGCCGGAUGCCCUGCAGGCUGGAGCAAAUUUGGUAACGUAGUUCUCCUGCUCACCUUCCUCACCAGUCUGUGGGCAUCAGGGGCCUGAAGACCCGUCCUCCCCCAACCAGGACCCUUCAGCCUCUCCUCCCUGACAACCAGCUUCAGAGAAUAAACUUGAAUGUCUUUUGCCACCUA